AUGUACAUCCCCAGGUCGGAAAAUGAGUUGGUUUGGAUUGUCAAUGAGACGGAAGCUGUUCCUCUCACAGCAGUCAAGCGAUUCGUCAAGAUCAACCGCACAAACUUCGGUUACAUCGAAAAAGACUCAUUAAAGUCUGCAAAACCGACGGAGCUCUUCGGCCGCUUGAAGGAAGUCAUUCUCAGUGCCGAAGACGCAAAAUAUACUCUCUUGGCUAAGAAAGAAAUCUUAGUGGAGAAUCUGGCAUUCGAAGAAGCCGACAUGGGGUUCAACGUGAAACUGCGCCCGGGCAACCAAUGCUACUAG